GUAAUUUUCAGUAACUACGAUUACAGUCAACUUUUCGACAUUGUAUUGGUAUUGUAUGCUAUUUUAAUUUUGGAGAAAAUAUUAUCAUUGAGUUCAUUCAUAAAAAACGGUUUUGUAAAUAAGAAUAGUAUCUGUGAUAAUAAGUAAAACUCAAUAGUUGGUCUAUAAAGUUGCUUCAUUAACAUAUCUGCCAAAAACAUGUCGUCAGCGAAAUUUGAAACAAGUAAAAGCUUUGCGAAUGUGAGUGACAGUGAUGAUAGUGAGACCGAGGAAAUCGAUCCGGAUAAGUUACCAGCGCUGGAAAUUUCACCCGGCGAACAUAAGCUUCAGUACAAUUACUGUCUAUGGUAUCACAAAGGAUCAAUGACAAAAUUUAAAUCUCCGAACGACUACAGCAAAUCUCUACAUUGCAUUGGCCGUUGUGCGUCCGUAGAACAGUUCUGGUCGCUGUACUGUCACUUAGUUCGACCAUCCACCUUGAAACCGUACCGAGAACUGCAUCUGUUUAAGAGCGGGAUAAAGCCGAUGUGGGAAGAUCCGAGCAAUGUCAAAGGUGGCAAAUGGGUCAUUCGCCUUCGGAAGACCAAAAUUGAUAGGGCUUGGGAGAAUGCUUGCAUGGCAAUGCUAGGCGAACAGUUUCUGGUCGGACCGGAAAUAUGUGGCAUUGUACUUUCAACAAGAUUUCCGGAGGACUUACUGUGCGUGUGGAAUCGAACGUCGACGGACCAGUCUAGCAUAAAUAGAAUUCGAGACACUCUGCGAAGAGUGCUUAACCUACCUCCUAAUGUCGCCGUCGAUUAUAAGCCACAUUGUGAUUGCCUUAAGUAUUUGAAAACGGCUCCGGCGCCCACUACCUCGGCGAAUACAAACAGUUAACAAUUUCUGUUCGAAUUGUACGUACUUUUCGUUUGAAUUUGAAAAAAAAAAAAGUAAAAAAAGAAGAAAGAAAGAAAUUUUUGAGAGGCUAUCCGCCAUUGAGUCAUGCUAAAAUCAGUCAAAACUACCGAUUGUCAACUGCUUUUAAAAGUUUAAAAAAAAAAAUUGCAAAAUAAGUACAUCCGGCUAAAAAAUCACAUUGGUCGACGUGUUUAAACACAUCUUCAUGUACUUAAUGAGUGUGGUGCCUCUAAGAAAUUUUAAUUUUUUAAAUAAAAAUCAGAAAAAUCCAUUUUUUUUAAUUUUAAAUUUGUAAAACUCAGUUCUUU